AAAGCCAGACGAUUUGAUUUUUUAUUUUUAUUUUUAUUUUUCCUCGUUGGUGUCUUUGCUUUUCAUUGGAUCAAGCUUGCUUGGUUCCAGUCCUUUGCCUGGCCCGGUGCAUUUACAGGGUAUUCUUUUUUAGCUCACAUGCAAUAUGGUGUAAGCCUGUUUUGAGGCAACGUUCAAAUUCAUAAACCACAGGCACUAACCAUUAUUUAAGAUACUAAGCCAGGAAGUCCAUACUGCCACCAGUUCUUAGUCCAUGCAUGCAUUUAGGUAAUUGUCAAUUAGUAGUUUGGGGGAGUGGGUGGGGAACACAUAGUAGAUGUUGACACCUGGUUCCACGAGAGCCCGUUUGAUCAACCACCAGCUUGUGCAGGAUGGCUCUCUCUCUCUCUCUCUCUCUCUCUCCCGGACUGUCAAGCCAGCCCCGGCCCCCAAUGAUUGGGGCCGUACUUUUACUCCAAUUUAAAAGCUCAAUUAUCAUUUGCAAUUUGCAAGUAGAAGGGAAGGCGUAUGAUUAAGCUCAUAAUCUCCAUUUGGUACAACAACUCCCCAACCACUGAACAACAUGGAUCACAUAUGCUUGUUUUAUUGAAUACCCGACUCUGCUUGCUUAUGCGAAGGCUUAAAAUAGUCUUAGAUCAGGUAGUGGUAUAAGUAUUGCAUCUAUCGGUAUCUUUGUUAAUACCCAAAAAACGUGGCCAGCUAAUUAAAGGCCAGUUUUAAUGUGUUGAAGCCUUACGAUUGUCCCGCUCAGCCUGCUUCUCUUCUCCCUUCUCUCUUCUCCCUCCUCAAUUCUUGCAUUACAAAUCCUCUCUCAUUCUCUCUCCAACUGGGUCAUUCUCUCUUUCUUAUUUCCAAAUGAGUGGCAGAGCUUUCGUUUUGAUUUUCUUCUUCUGGGCUGUCCUAACAGUCAUCACCCCAACGCUCAUUCUCUGGUCCGAAUCUGCCAAACCCAGCUCUGUUCUUGAUGGCAAGAAAAAUGAAGGAGCCACGGCCAGGAAAAUGAUGGGAUAUUUUGAGAAGCUUACAAAGAUAAGUCCAAUAGCUCCUGAGCAGGCACAGCCGCCGGCACAGGCACCGGGACCGGGACCUGUACCGGCGCCGGUACCAGCGCCGGCACCAGCGCCAGCAGUGGAACCUUCUUCUGGAAUUAAAAGGCUAUUCGGACGGAGUUCUCGUACAAAGAAUGAUAAGAGUAGUAUCAAUAUCAAUAUGAUGGGAGCUUGAUAGAGGCUAUAUUGGUUUUUGAAUCAGAAUCUUUCCUGAUUCAGACCAACCCUUUUGAGGUAACUGGUUCCUUCCACUGAAUUCGGACCCAUAUGAUCAUCAUUCAAGAAGAUCGAGCGGAUUAAAAAAAAAGAAAGAAGAAAAUGUACAGAGGUUGGGCAUUUAUAAUUGUAUAUAUGUACACCUGUGCAUACAUUAAAAGAAUUGCAUUUAUUUUACUGUAAAGACGGAAAGGAAUACAGUAUCGAUGGAAGCAAGUUUUCCUAGUUGAAUCACUGUGCAUUCUGAAAGGUCGAGGCCAGUUUUAUAUUCUUUUUACUGAGAAAAAAAAAGAAGAAUAAAUUAUAUCAAUAAAAGAGUUUACGGCAGAGUUGGGGGCAUUGGAGAUUC